AUGAGUGCCCACGUUGUGGUGAUCGACGCGACAGCCAGGCGGGCAACAAUCAAGACUACGCCCGCCAAACAUUUGACCGAUAUCCUACAGGAGGCAUGUUCGAAGCUUGGAUAUAAUGCCAGCCAGUACUCAUUAAAACACAAUCGCAAGCAGUUAGACCUUUCUCUUUCCUACCGCCUGUCCGGUCUCAUAUCCGGCGCAAAGCUUGAACUUGUUCAAAUCUCUCGCUCCCCGUCAGUCGUAACCGUCGGCCUGCAACUUCCCGAAUCAGAGGCUCGUGGUGCCCCGAAUGGCCGCAUACUUGAUAAGUUCCCUAGUACAACUACACUCUGGAUGGUACUACGGAAGUUCGAGGCAGGAGUUGCAGGGACUGGUCCAGUACGGAAUCUCACUUCACGUGCAGUUCCCUCUGCCGAGGGUGGAGACGUUGCCGGACGACUGUACUAUGAGAUCCCCGUCCUUCAGAUUUUGGAACGUGAAGUAUCAAGUUUCACAGAUCUACAAAAGACCCUAGCGCAGCUGGGCUUCAACAGUGGCAAUGUUCUUAUUCGCCUGAGUUUCCGACGGACCGAGGAGCCUAUUGAAGAAGCCAUGGCCAAGAUUGGCGAGUUCUUCAAGUUAGAGGAUGAGGCACCUGCGGCACAGAAUAAGAACGCAGCGCCCAUGGCAGCUCUCGCUAAUAGCACAAGCAAUGAACCUGCUCAAGAGAUCUCCCGCUCGUUGCAGCCUGAUCCCUCUGGGGUUACCGCCGCAUCGGAGGAAUUUGCCGCUCCGCUACCUAUCUCCGGACUGGCCACUUCCACAACCGACUCUGGCCGAACGAUUACUGUCUUCUCCCCUCCCUCGGAAGACACUCCUUCGUCCGCAAAACUAGACUACGAUGAGAGUGAUUACAUACCCUCUAUUGAGCACGCAAAGCUGCACCAGCGGUUACUCAACGAGUCCUCUCGCCCAAAGCGCUUGCCAACAGAUGCCGAGAUCGCCGCCAAGGCAGAAGCAGAAGCCACAAGGCGAGCAGCCAUUCGUGAAGUCGAUGUGAAGAUCCGAUUCCCAGAUCAGAGCCAAGUGAUUGCCAAAUUUGGGAUCUCGGAUACAGGAAAGUCGUUGUAUGAAUUCGCACGUGGAUGCCUUGCUCUGCCGUUCGCCAGUGAGAACUUCAAUCUCACUGUCCACGGUGUAUCCAGAUCCAAGCAUACAAGCGCCAUACCUCCAUCAGAUAAGAAGCGCCUGAUUAAAGACCUAGGGCUGUCUGGUCGUGUGCUCGUCAACUUCUCUUGGGCUGAACACGCUCCCGAGUUUGUUCAUGAACGCCGAGCGGAGAUCCUACGCCCCGAGCUUCGGAGCCAGGCUCAACAACUCAAGGUGGAGCAACCGCCGGAGCUCAAGGAAGAUGCCCCUGCUCCAUCACAGCCAGGUCCGAGCAGCGCCCAAGGCGGAGACAAGCCCAGCGGAGCACGGAAGAGUGGUGCUAUGCCUAAGUGGCUGAAGCUACCGGGUAAGAAAUGA